CUGACUUUUAGCAAAAAUGAGCUUGCUCUUCAGUAGUGAAAGGUGGUGGCUUACAUUAGAACGCUGAUUGCUGUUUAUGCGUGCUGUUAUUUUUUGGAAUACUCAGAAAUAAUUUUUUCAUUAUUCCAUAGGGUUUUCCCAAUAAAAAACCAGAACAAAUGUUUGAUAUUAAGGCUUGGGCCGAAUACAUCGUGGAGUGGGCUGCAAAGGACCCAUACGGCUUUCUCACUACAGUGAUCUUGGCCCUUACACCAUUGUUUGUAAUUAGCGCAGCGCUUUUGUGGAAGCUUGCAAAAAUGAUUGAGGCCAGGGAGCGAGAGCAAAAGAAGAAACAGAAACGCCAAGAGAAUAUUGCAAAAGCCAAACGAACAAAGAAGGAUUAAAUGGGGGGGGGGAAGCCUUCCUUGUGCAAGGAAUCCACUUUUUCAAUGAAACACGUGUAUGUUUUGUGUUGUAUCUGUCCUUUGAUACUUGAUCCUGCUACUUCUUGAAGUAUGAAACUUAAUUCCUUCAGUGUAUUUUCUCUGCUGAGAUGAUUUGUGUUAAAAUUAGCCCAAGUGACACUUGUUACAAUCAUUUAAUCUACUACUUGUGUUCUAGUGCACUUCGCUUUUCUAAAUUUGCAUGUUAAAUCAAAAAGUUAAUCUGUUGGGUGGCUCUGGAGGUAGAUUUUUUUUUCCCCCUUAGCUAAGCUACGACUUAACAAGUGUCUUAAAAUUUUCAGAUUAUGGGGAAAAUGUGAAUGGCGAACUGGAUUACAGAAAGGCAAGGUUUGGUACACGGUCAGCAGAGCUGCAGGGAUAAGCUAGCCGCAGAGUUAGGUGGCACACUGUAC